UAUUUAAUGCUGCCUCUUAUGAUGAUGAUGAGAAUCUUGAUCUGGAUUCAUCGUCGUCGUUGUUGUUGUUGACAGACCCAAACAAAAUAUCCAUAAAAGAAAACAUUCUAAUUCAACCCUGAAUAUAUGAGAGAGAGAGAGAAAAGAUGAAAAAAAACAAUUGUUGCCCAUUGUGUUGAUUGUGGUUGACGUGGUGAAUGUAUUUUAUUACAUUACUACGUCAUUUUAAUGUUGCCAUAUUUUUUUUGUUGUUGUUGUUGUUGUACUCAACCGGGGACUAUUUUACGAUUUACGAUAAACCACCGUUUUUGUGUGUGUGUGUGUCGAAGGAUUAGAUUUUCAAGCUUCGCUGAUCAUCCAUUCGAUUCGAUUCGAUGGUCAAUCAUCAACAGAAUGAACAUCAUCAUUCUCAUUCUGUCAAGAAUGAUGAGUUAACAUCAUCACCAUCAUCGAGUCCUACUCCUGGUUCGAAUUGCAUAAUGAAAAAGAAAUCAAUUUCCGGUAGAAAAAAACGUAAAAAACCAUCAGUUAAUCAAAGAAGUUUAAUUAGACAAAUAUCGAAUCAAGGUGGUAGUGGUAAUCUAAAACGUUGUUCAUCUGAUCUUUUAUUGGAAAAGAUUAAACAUUAUGAAGUUAUUGAUAAAAAAACGGCAAGAAAAAAUUCACUUACACAAUAUCUGGAAUCAAAUCCACAUCAUGAUCCAAAUGAUCAACGACAUCAACGACGAUCAUCAUCAUUAUGUCGUGUUACAGGACCAAGUUUUACUGUCAUAUAACAAUGAAACAUGAUGUACUUGGUGAUAAUUUCCAUUUUCCUGUCGCUAAUCAGGC